CACCAGUCCCGCUUCCUCUCCAACCCCCCCACCACCACCCCCGCCAUUGCCGAGCCACCCGAACCGGCGGCCAUGUCGAGGUUCUGGAGACCGGGGGCGGAGAAGCCGAGCGCAUCGCUCGUCGACGACGAGGAGGGCGGCGUCCUCUUCCUCCCCACCAACACCAACGCUUCCUCCUCCUCCUCCGGGUUUGGGUACGCGUCCUUGGAGAGGCUGAGGCAGCGGCUGCCGGUGUACAAGUACCGCAAGGCCAUCCUAUACCUGGUGGAGCGGCAUGCCACGACCAUCAUCGUCGGCGAGACGGGUAGCGGCAAGUCCACGCAGAUCCCUCAGUAUCUUAAGGAGGCUGGUUGGGCCGAGGGUGGUCGACUUAUAGGUUGCACCCAGCCAAGACGAUUGGCUGUGCAGAUGAGAGCAUGCACCAGAUUAUUCUUUUGGACGGUUGCAUCAAGAGUAGCCGAAGAAGUUGGUGUGAAACUUGGAGAAGAAGUAGGAUAUACUAUAAGAUUUGAGGAUGAAACAAACCCCGGCAUGACCAUGAUCAAAUUUCUCACAGAUGGAGUACUGAUUAGAGAAAUGAUGGAAGAUCCUCUUUUAAGCAAAUAUAGUGUCAUUAUGAUAGAUGAAGCUCAUGAAAGAUCCAUUUCAACCGACAUAUUGCUGGGACUCUUGAAAAAGAUUCAACGCCGCCGGCCGGAGUUGCGCCUAAUCAUUUCCUCUGCAACAAUUGAAGCAAGAUCAAUGUCAACCUUUUUCAGCAAUAGGUGGAAGAAUUCAUUGCUCAAGCCUGCUGAUGGUUUGCCGAAUCCAGAACCUGCUAUACUUUCUGUUGAAGGUAGAGGAUAUACAGUAGAAACUCAUUAUCUGGAAGAACCUGUCUCAGACUACUUACAGGCUGCUGUGAAUACCGUUCUUAUUAUUCACGAAAAGGAACCACCAGGGGAUAUUUUGGUGUUUCUAACUGGCCAGGAUGACAUAGAUGCUGCUCUUAAGUUGCUAAAUGAUGAAAUUCAACAUCUGGGAAAACACUAUUUUGAUUUGGUGAUUUUGCCCUUGUACUCCGGCCUUCCGCGGGGAGACCAAGAUCUCAUUUUUGCUCCUACUUCGAAAGGGAAAAGAAAAGUUGUGAUAUCAACAAACAUUGCCGAGACAUCAUUGACUCUGGAGGGUGUGGUGUACGUUGUUGAUAGUGGAUUUUCCAAGCAGAAGUGCUAUAACCCGAUUUCUGACCUUGAGAGUCUGGUUGUCGCACCAAUAUCGAAAGCUUCUGCAAGGCAACGAGCAGGCAGAGCUGGAAGGGUGCGACCUGGGAAAUGCUUUAGGCUUUACACAGAGGAAUAUUACCUAAAUGAAAUGCAGUCAGAUGGCAUUCCAGAAAUGCAAAGGUCUAACCUUGUUUCCUGCAUAAUACAGUUGAAAGCGCUAGGCAUAGACAACAUCUUGGGGUUUGAUUGGCCAGCUUCUCCAUCACCAGAGGCAAUGAUUCGAGCUCUCGAAAUUCUAUUUUCACUAGGAAUCCUUGAUGAAGAUGCCAAACUAACAGUUCCCAUUGGUUUCCAAGUUGCUGAGAUGCCUCUGGACCCCAUGAUCUCAAAAAUGAUCUUGUCAGCAAAUGAUUUUGGAUGCUCUGAUGAGAUACUGACGAUAGCAGCAUUUCUAUCUGUUCAGUCUGUGUGGGUCUCUAUGCGGGGAGUGAAGAAGGAAUUUGAUGAGGUCAAACUUCGAUUUGCUGCUGCUGAGGGUGAUCAUGUAACAUUCCUGAAUAUCUACAAAGGAUUUCACCAGUCUGGAAAAUCUAGUCAGUGGUGUUACAAGAACUUUUUGAAUCACCAAGCACUGAAGAAGGUCAUUGAAAUCAGGGCACAGCUUGUCAGGGUAAUGAAGAGGUUUGGCAUACAGCUGAAAUCCUGCGACAGAGAUAUGCAGGCAGUUAGAAAGGCAAUUAUUGCUGGUUCGUUUGCUAAUUCAUGUCAUCUGGAGGAAUAUGGCCAGAAUGGAAUGUAUAAAACAAUUAGGACGUCACAAGAAGUUUACAUUCAUCCAUCUUCCGUACUCUUUAGGGUUAAUCCAAAGUGGGUCGUCUACCAGUCUCUUGUUUCAACUGACAAGCACUAUAUGCGUAAUGUCAUUGCCAUCGAACCAUCAUGGCUUACUGAAGCUGCACCGCAUUUUUACCAGUUCCGAACACCCAAUCCAGCUCCACAUUAACUGAACUGCGACGGUGCAAUGUUGCAUUUAUGCUAAGAGUACUAAGGCAUUUUGCCUUUUUCUCUCUUGGCUAGUGUACUGAGGUCAGCUGGGGUCUCCCCUUGUCCAUCAGUCCAUUUGGGCCAGUAUACAGAUCAAUAUGACUUGUUCUUAUCAAAUACUAUUAACUAUGAAGAAAAGCAGUUGGAGCACAUUUGGUGGGCAAAGAAAGUAAGUUUUAUUUGAAUAUUAUCUUGUUUCUGCCCUUGGCAGCUGACAUAUAUUUGAUAUAAUAAGACUCCACUUUGAUUUUAUUUUAUGUUUUGUAGGAAUCUUCUUAUAUGUUGUAUAUAAUUUAGACUUAUGGUGCUAUCCUGUUGCAUUAACGACAUGAGUGUAUUUUCUGUCACUGUUAUCUAUCCUGAAUUGCGCAUAUGUGGCAUUGCCUUGCUGUCUUACAAGUAGGACGUUCAUUGCCAUAUAGCUUGGCACAACCAGGCCAGGAAGCGGCCCUUCUGAUGUACCAAUGAACUCAGACGUUCCCACCAAAUCAGAACAUAGAGGCACUGAAAAACGAAUGGACCUUGGAUCUUGCUGUCUGUGCUGUAGCAUCAAAUGACCUAAACUAUACAGGGUUGUAGCGUCAAAAACAUAAACGCAGAUGAUAACUUUUGUCGUUUGAAGACUUGAUGAGUAGUAGCUGAGUUGCAUUCUGGAGUUUAUUGAGAAGUUAAUUAAACUACAACAGAGUUUUGAUCUGAGCCGCUGGAAAUGCUAUUGUAUUGCACAUAGCUUCAGUUUUUCUUCAUAGCAGUGGCAAUGGUGUUACUUCUUUCA